UGAGUGUGUGGCGCGCGGUGUGUUGUGGGCCGGUGGCCGGUGAGACGUGAGGUCUCAAGCUCUUCUGCCGGGACGAUGAUGAUGAUGAUGAUAUAAUGAACACCAGGAGCUGCUUUCAUUCAUAUAUCAGUGUGAGGGAUCUGCAGUGAUGUCCUCCAGUCAGGGCUCAUCUCCGGUCCCUCAGUCCAGCGGAGGAGGAGUCACCAGUGAUGGGCACUUCCGGAAGCCCAGGGACCUGCCUGCUGCCUCCAGGCACUGCCGAACACCGCACUCCCUACCAGAUGUCUGCCCCAAGGAGCCCACCGGUGAUAGGCGUGGCCUCUGUGAUGGCCCAUCUGAUGUGGCCGACCAGCAUCGCUGGACUGUGUAUAACUCUAAAGUGAAUCUCCCCGCGGCUCUGAACGACCCCAGACUGGCCAAGAGAGAGUCAGACUUCUUCACUAAGACGUGGGGCCUGGACUUCACCGAGACUGACGUCAUGCCUUCAUUCUACCUGCCCAACAUCAGCCGAGAACACUUCAGCUCAUACCUGCAGGACACAGCUCAGAGGGAAAAGAUUCAUGAGCGCUGUAAGAAUGCCUGUCCGAAUAAAGACGAUCUGACGGUUCCUACCAUCACAUGUAAUCAUGAUAAAGCCAGAGCCGAACUGGAGCAGGUGCCCAAGAUCUUCAUGAGGCCUGAGUUUGUGCUAAAUGACCUGGCCACUUUUAAUGCCGUGUUGCCAUGGUCUCACUUUAGCGUCGCCGGAGGGAAGAACAGCCGGGAUGUUGCAUCAUCACGGUUACUGCAGGAAAAGUUAAGUCACUACCUGGACGUGGUGGAGGUGAGCAUCGCUCGACAGAUCUCUCUUCGCUCCGAGGCGUUUUUCCACGCCAUGUCGUCUCAGCAUGAGCUCCAAGAUCAGAUGAGAGAGACAGCAAAUGCCGUGGCAAAGCUUCGGGCCCGCACAGCCGCCAUCGACCGGGUUAUGUGUCGAGGACCAUUACGAGCCCUGCGGGACAUUCUGACCCAUAAUAACUGUAUUAAACUGCACAAUAAACUCAAGCUGAUGGCCGCGGUGCACCAAACGCAGCCCACGGUGCAGUUACUGCUCUCCACCUCAGAGUUCGUGGGGGCGCUAGAGCUCAUCGCCACCACCAAAGAAGUACUGCAGCAGGAACUGCAGGGAAUUCACAGCUUCAGACAUUUGGGUUCUCAGCUCUGUGAGAUGGAGAGAUUAAUCGAUAAGAUGAUGGUGGCUGAUUUCUCCACAUAUGCUCAGAGUGAUCUCAAUCGACCCUUUGAAGAGGACAUUCAGGUCAUGGAGAAGGAUCGUUUGCAGUCUCUGGUCUUUGGUUUGUUGAGACAGAGGAAACUUGAUUUCCUGGAUAUCUACAGUGAAGAGAUGAUCCGUGCAGCCAAGAACGUCGUACGGCAGUGUGUUUUGAAGUUCGUAUCCCAGAUCAGUGAGAUUGAUCCAGACACUAUCAAAUUGCACGAGCAGAUGCGUUUGAUGACGCUUCAGCAGUGGUUUGAUCUUUUGAAAGACAUCUUUGAACAUUUCAUCCUGUUCCUUAAGAGAAUCAAGGCCACACUCAGCGUCGUCCGAAAUGUGGUGUUGGAAGUGCUCGACAGCAGCCUGAGGAGUCGAUUGGCUGACGUUUCCUCGGCAACGAAUCAUUCUGAUAGCAGGGCCAAUGAGGAUGAAGAGGAGGAGUCAGGAGGCUCCGCCCUUCAUUCAGGAGAGGCGGAGCUUGCGUAUCUCACUCAUGAGGGGCUUUUUAUCAGUGACGCAUUAAAUGAAGUGGAACAACGCAACAGCACGGCAGCACAGUUGAAAGCGCAGACUCGUUUAGAGGCCUGCGGGAGCGACUCGGCCUCUGUCACAACUGAAUCUUCCUCUAGCAGGGAACACAACUCUAAUACUACCUCCUCUCUGCCCAUAGGGGUCACUCCUGCAACUAGUGAGGAUGUGAUGCCAUCUGAUCUUGAGUUGGGUCGAGUGGCCAAUAACAUCCAAGAGCUGCUGUACACUGCGUCAGACGUCAGUCAUGACCGCUGCGUCAAAGUGCUCAUGACUCGAGCCAAGGACGGCUCUCUGGAACGUUUGAGUUCAUCCGAGUUUGUGUGUUUGAGUCGGGCAGUCGAGUCUUUUGCCAGAGAAACUGAAGAGCUGUGUGGCAGACGCAGUGUGAGCCUGAGGGGGGCGCUACAGAGUCAGGCAAACCGCUUUGUACAGCGAUUCCAUGAAGAGCGCAAGACUAAACUCAGUCUGCUGUUGGAUAAUGAAAGGUGGAAGCAGGCGGAGGUUCCUGCUGAGUUUCAGGACCUGGUUGACACCAUCUCUGAUGGACGCAUCACACUGCCUGACCGCAAAUCCACAGGCUCUGAGGACAGGAAGCCCAGUGACUUCCUGUGUGUUGAUGGGCAGAAGUACGCUGUUGUCGGGACGGUGCUGCUGUUGAUUCGGAUGUUUCUGGAAUAUUGUCAGUGUGUGAAUGACAUUCCCUCCAUCACCACAGACAUCCUCACACGCCUCGCUGACCUGCUCAAGCACUUCAACUCUCGGAGCUGUCAGCUGGUUUUGGGGGCGGGAGCUCUGCAGGUGGUGGGACUGAAAACCAUCACGACGAGAAACCUGGCUCUGGCGUCUCGCUGUCUACAGCUGGUCGUUCUCUACAUCCCUGUGAUCCGAGCGCACUUUGAGACCAGACUGCUGCCCAAACAGUACAGUAUACUGCGACACUUUGACCACAUCACGAAGGACUAUAAUGAUCACAUCGCAGAGAUCACUGCUAAACUUGUGGCCAUCAUGGACGGUUUGUUUGAGAAAGCGCUUUCUAAGUAUGAGGUGAAGGCUCCGAUGCCGUCAGCGUGUUUGCGUAACGUGUCUAAACAGAUGGCCAAAAUGCACGAGGCCAUAAAUGAACUCUUACCAGAGGAGCAGACACAGAUGCUGUUCUUACGGAUAAACGGCAGUUUCAAGCUGCAUGUGAAGAGACAGUUGGCGCGACUGGGAGUUAUUAAUGACGGCGGACCCCAAUAUGGGUUGGUGAUGGUGGACGUGGCGUUUUACUCUGAGAGUGUGCAGGCUUUGCGCUCUCUGGAGCGACUGGACUUAAACAUGCCUGAGAUCUGGGAGCAGAAGAGGUGAUGAUGGACAGCUCCUCCUAGCCACUCAGGCUUCUUGGCCACGCCUACCACCACGGUCACCUGCUCCGGCCCCGUCUCGGAGGAGGAAGUUAGGUCAGUGGGUAACAAGAGGAAGUGGACCGACUCAAGGUGCUGUUUUUAUACCUCUGUGAAACUGGAUUCCUCCAGCGGCACCUCGUGCUCCGCCCACCUGCUUCCCCAAUCGGAACGCACUUUUCCAGGCCCGUUAAAUGCGGCGGAGGUCUCCUGUGACGUACAAACGUCUCUCCUAUCAGUUCGUACCCGGGAGGUACUGGAGACCAAAUCAAUCCUGUUGCAGCUGGGAAUUGUGGGAAAUCUGUUUGAUUUGCUGUCUAAAGCGGAGACGCCUCCUCAGUGCCUCCUUCAGUACGGCUUUUUCCAUUCGUGUGCAAUUCUGUCCGAUCGUUAUUAUUGAAUCACUGUUGAAUGAAUCAAUGAAUGGUUAUUUAUUUACUUUGUUGUUCGUUGACUGAUUGGGUUUUGUUUCAGGUGUGUGUGAGAACUAAAAAUGGGUUUUAAAACACUGAAUUCCUGAUUUUGUUUUAUCUAUGAUUUUACCGCCUGCUUUUGGUUCUCAUGUUCAUUUUUUCAUGUUCAGAUGGGAAAAUCAUUAAAGUAUCAAAGCUAUGGACGGGUUACAUGUCAAGUAUGCUAGACCAACUUUAUCAUGUAAAUCUGACUUUAAAUCAGCCAUAACAUUAAAACCACCUGCCUAAUAUUGUGCAGGUCCCCCUCGUGAUGCCAAAACAGCACCAACCCGCAUCUCAGAACAGAAGACUAUCAUCUCUGGGUGUUAUUAUGAGAUGGUUGGUGCUGUUUUGGCAUCACAAGGCGGACCUACACAAUAUAGGCACUAAAUGUUAUGGCUGUAUAUGAAGGUGUAUACUUGAUUUAUAUGGACUGAUGUAGAAAAUCUGUCAAGUAGCACAUUCUCCUCACAAACUCAACUUCAAGCUCCUCAACAAAUUCAGAUAAAGCAUUUUACUAUUCAUGAUAUUGGUUACAGUAACACCCAGUACCAGUUUCAUAAUAAUAAUAAUAGUGUAUGACGGAUCAGGCCUUUAAAAACACAGUCAUUUCACAUCAAUGCAUGUAAGAUACAUCCGAAAGAUUCUUCACAGCCACUGUUUUAAGCCGGGUAUCCCAGUUUGAGUCUCUUUAUUGAAUUCUUCCUGAAGAAUCAUGAUUAUAAGAUUAAAACAUUUCCACUGUAGUGAAUUAAAAUGCUUUCUCAGCUCUCCAAACCCCAGUGUCACUGUAAUCCCGCCUCCAUUGGGAUUCAUGCACUCGUUUGAACAAAUCAAGGCCUGUGAUUGGUGGAGACGGACUGUUCAUGUGUAUUAAAUCAUUUAUUGUGUUGCUGUGGGCUUUUGUCAUGCAUUGAGAUCCAUGUUUCUCAGCAGAAACCUUAUUUAAAACCUGUGCUGUCCUGUUCAAAAGUGCCUACCUUUAAUUUGAUAUCAAAGACUACUGAUCAGCUGAACGGAUCGGAGACUGAUGGGAACAUUGUGGCAUGCUUGACCUUUCAAAAUGUGGCACUUUUUAUUAUGAAUAAAGCCACGGUGAAGAUAAACACCUGUUGUUCAUUUGAUAUAAUAUGUAUGAAUUAAACCGGUCCGUCCAAUCGACGGUCAUCUUGGGAACACUCCCGGGCAGCUGUUUUCAAUGGAUACAAACGGCAUGAAAGUGCAGCUCAUAUCAGCUUUAAUGAGGAGAGACUGAAAUCUCCCAAACGUUUGGUCAAGACUGCAAUCAAAGAACAUAUUUUAAACCAGCAGUAAAAUCUGACAGCACUGGUGUCGUGUGUUGUGCUUCUUUACAUCAGAUUACGCUAAAACAAAUGCUGAGUGACUCCAAUCAGGUCUCCUAAGCAACCAAAUUGGCCCGGUUGCUAGGGAGGGUAGAGUCACAUGGGGUAACCUCCUCGUGGUUGGUAUAAUGGGGUGGUGAGUUGUGCGUGGAUGCCGCGGAGAAUAGCGUGAAGCCUCCACAUGCACUAGGUCUCCACGGUAACGCGCUCAACAAGCCACGUGAUCAAAUGCAUGGAUUGACGUCUCCACCACCCGGAUUGAGGCACUAUGCCACCACGAGGACCUAGAGUGUAUUGGGAAAUGGGCGUGCCAAAUUGAGGAGAAAUAAAAAAAUCAUAUCAAUGUUCCUGGUGGAAAAACUACAUUACCCAUGGUCCAGCAGAGAAAGAUCAACCAAUCAGAGAACUGUGGCCAAGAAAGCCCAGAAGCGACGCCCACUCCCAUGAUGCACUUGUGAAAGAUGCCAGUGAGUCGGUCUCAAACUACUUAUAUAUUUGUAUACAUCUGAAUAUUUCACAAUAAAUGUAAACCGUAUCGUUUCUAUGCUCAUUAUCAAAAACCUAA